AUGGCCGCCAAUAGUAAAAAGCACUCUACUAAUCCAAGAUAUCCAGCAGAUUGGUUAAUUCAUCAAAAACUACAAGCAUGGCAUUUGUUCAACAUGGUUUGUGAUCGCAAGUACCUGAACAACUUGGCCCAGUCCAUGUACAUGGCGGGAAUGUUGAUUGGAGCCAUUGUUAUCGGUGAUUUGUCCGACAGGUUUGGCAGGAAGCGUUUAAUGUUCAUAAGUCAGGUUUUUCAAGUGCUUUGCGGCGUUGCGCUGGCGUUCGCUCCAGAGUACAUCACUUUCACCACUCUACGUUUUCUUCUUGGGGCUGCACAUUCCGGAGUCUUCCUGCCAGGAUUUGUGAUCGCUAUGGAGUUGAUUGGAGCAAAACAAGGACGGGCUAUCACUGGGAUUUCAUUCAAUGCCUUUUUUGCUGUGGGGUUUUGCACUUUAUCGGACAGAAUAAUUCCAGGAUCUGCAAGAUGGUUUAUGCAAAACUCUCAAGUAGAGCGUUCAAAGAAAAUCAUACAAAAGGCGGCAAAAAUGAACGGCAUGCCUGAUAUACAAAAGCUGAUAGAUCAGUUAGAGCCUGACUCACAUGAAAAAUCGCAUGUGUUCAAGAUUAUGAAAUAUCCUCGUAUGAGAAAUAGAGCUCUGAUAAUGUUCUUUAAUUGGUUCACCACGAGCUUGGUGUUUUAUGGCUUGUCCCUCGGCACGUCACAGCUUCCUGGUGGCAAUGAUUAUUUGAACCUGUCGUUGUCUGGGUUGGUGGAAUUCCCUGGAUUUCUGUUUUGCAUUCUGGUCAUGGACCGGAUAGGGCGGCGGCCAUGCUUAUGCAUUAGCAUGAUAUCCUGUGGGGUUGCUUGUAUUGGAGCUGCCGUCAUCCCUGAUACAGCAGGAUUAGACUGGCUAAGCAUUACGCUGUCCAUGAUUGGCAAAGCCUUCUCUGGUGCAUGCUUUGUCCUUGUGUACAACUACUCCGCUGAGGCAUUCCCUACCGUCGUACGAAACGGAGUGAUUGGAGUCUGUUCCAUGAUCGCCAGGGUCGGGGGAAUUCUUGCACCACUUGUUAAUCUGACGGGAUCAUAUACUUCCAAGGAGAUUCCGCCGAUCGUUUUUGGUGUUACCUCCCUAGUUGCUGGUCUUCUGGCUCUUUUACUUCCUGAAACACUUGGCACACACAUGCCAGAAACUCUGGAGCACGGCGAGGCAUUUGGAACUCCCAAAUAUAACGAAACCCUCUAUGCCUCUGCUUUAAAAACAGAUAACAAUGACAUUCAAUAUGAUGAGCAGAGCAAAGAACAAAAUACCAGUCAGAGCAGUAAGGUGGGGGCGAUAAAUGAAAGCUUUAAUAACGAUGAUUACGGCAGCGAAGAUGAAAGCCAUUCACCGCGCUCAGGGAAGCUUCAAACAACGCACAGCUGGAAGUAG